AUGCCGGAUAAGCCUUGUGGCCAGCAAUUUGAGAAUGAACUUUGGGAACACUGCAAGGGAUGGGCCGACGUCAGCUUUCACGGUUCGUCUCAAAUUCCGACGCCCAACCUUGAUGCCCUGGCUGCAGACGGUGUUAUACUCAACAACUACUACGCCAUGCCGUACUGUACGCCAUCGAGGGCUGCCUUAAUGACGGGACUUCACCCAAUACAUACAGGCAUGCAGGGAAUUCCAAUCGAUAUAGCUGAGCCAUGGGGACUGCCGACGGACGUGCGUAUUCUGCCCCAGUACCUAAAGGAGCUCGACUACGAGACACACCUGGUCGGAAAGUGGCACCUGGGAUCUUACACGGACAGCCUCACGCCACCUUGCCGCGGCUUCGACAGCUUCUAUGGCCUCUACUACGGAGAAUCGGACUAUUACUCCCACACCAUCUACUAUCAAAACCAUUCAGGUCUGGACUUCUGGGAGAACAAGGAACCCGUGUGGUCAGAAAAUGGGACCUACUCUACAUCCCUUUUCACAAAGAGGGUGCAGUCAAUCAUCGAAAACAGGUCAAAGUCUAAGCCGUUGCUGCUUCUGGUGUCCCACAUGGCUGCUCACUCGGCGUUGGAGACAGAGCCACUACAGGCCCCACAAGAAAACAUCGCCAAGUUUCCCUACAUAGGAGAGAAGAACAGAACGAUAUAUGCUGGCAUGGUGGAUGCAUUGGAUCAGUCGGUCGGCCAAGUGUUCAAGGCAUUAAGCGACGCAGGGAUGCUGGAAAACUCCGUCAUCGUCUUCAGCAGCGACAACGGCGGUGCUAUGUGGGGCCAUGGGCGCUCUCGCGGUUUCAAUUGGCCGUUGCGGGGUGCCAAAGGACGCGUCUGGGAAGGUGGCACUAAGGUGGCCGCUUUCGUCUGGAGUCCGCUGUUUGCUCGGAGACGCCAGCAAUACAAUGGACUAAUGCAAAUCACUGACUGGUUGCCCACGUUCUACUCGAUCGCAGGAGGUGACGCUGCGCAGAUGGCCGACUUGGACGGAUUUGACAUGUGGCGGUCUUUGUCCUACGGCCUACCUUCACCUCGUGUUGAGAUGCUCUACAACUACGACUACACGUUCACUAACUGCGCGGCACUGCGGAACUCCCGGUAUAAAUUAGUGCUCGAUGGCAGCGGUGAACUCGCCGAUCGCUACAACGUACCGGGAGGAAGUCGUCCGAGCCACGACCUGGACUCAUUGGUCGCCCAGUCAAUGGUAGCCAGUGUUCUCAGGGACUUUUACAAAACAAAGAAUCUGCACUUUCCCAAAAGUUGGAGACAAAAGGCGACCAUCAAGUGCGGCCACAAAGAGGCUACAAACUUUUCGUCAAACUCAUCGGUAUACCUCUUCGACAUCGUCUCGGAUCCUUGUGAGCUGACUAACUUGGCCGGGAGGCUUCCGAACGUGGUGAACUCGCUCAAGAAGCGUUUAGAGCAGAUUGGUGCAUCGGCCCUGCCUGUGCGGAAUAAUAAGACCAUUGAUCCUAUGAGCUUUCCCGAAAACCACGGAGGAACGUGGGCGCCCUGGGUGCCGUCAGAGUGCCUAACAUCGUGACGUUGGAGGACCUUUGGAGUGAUCUAAAGUGCGAUGUGUAAGCAUUGAACCAAGACGCUGAUCUCGCUUGGUACAAGCUUGUUGACAGUAAUGUACCGCAGGAAAGAGAGAUAAUAAAGACAUUUAUUUACAGAAUGCGGCUUCGCGCAGAAACC